AUGGAAACUCUCUCAGAAGUAAGAAAAGUUCAAGAGGGAGCCUCAAACUCAGAUCUGAUGCCUCUGAAGUUCAUGUUCUUGCCUCUGUCCAAGUUCUCUCCUUUUGAGUCUGCUGAUUCAGCAGUUUCUCCAAGCACCUGUCUGUUCCUGGUUCCAAAGCCAGCCCCAACUUUCCCAUUCUCCAGGGACCUGAGUGGAGUGACUGAUUCCUCUGUGACCCAAGCCUGGCCUUCCCUGGAGAUAGGCACUUCUGCCAAAGUGUCUCUGUGCUUUUCCUGCUGGGUGGGCACCCAAGGUGACCAUCAGGUGAUGCAGAAUAAGCCUGAUUACCAGAACUCAAGGACCCCCAGCCUGCAUCAGCCCAUGUACUACUUCCUGUCCAUGCUGGUGCUCACCGAUGUGGACACCUUGUCCACAAUGCUUACCACCUUGGCUGUGCUCUUGUUUGACUAUUGGCUCAUUGGUUUCAAUGCCUGCCUGGUCCAGAUGUUCUUCCUGCGCUCCGUCUCUGUGGUGGAGUCCUCAGUGCUCCCGCCCAUGUCCUUUGACUGCUUUGUGGCCAUCUCCACCCCCCUGCGCUAUGCAGCUGUCCUCACAAACAAUGUCCUCAUCAGGAUUUGGCUGGCCAUUGUGGCUCGAGCUAGCUUGUGCCUCUUCCCUGUGCCAUUUCUGGUUAAGCGUCUAAAUUUCUGCCCUGGUGGUAACAUCCUAUCCCACUCGUUCUGUUUCUACCCUGAUGUAAUGAGGUGGGCCUGUGCUGACAUCAGGAUCAAUAUAUGCUAUGAGCUCUAUGUGGUUGUAUCUAUAGGGGGCAUAGACUCCCUGCUCAUCAUCCUGUCCUAUACCUUCAUCCUGCACACAGUCAUGGGUCUGGCCGCUCCCAGGGAGUGCAUCAGGGCCCUCAGCACCUGUGUUUCCCACAUUCUGGCUGUCUUUGUCUUCUUCCUCCAGGUAUCACCAUGUCCAUGA